AUGUCUGAACCACCACCGCCAUAUUUCCAGUCUUGGUUCAUACCUGGUACCGGUUGUGAGGAUCUCAGACAGCACCUCCCGUGCAUCUCCGAUGGUCUUCCCCAAGGUUCUGGGAAAUACGCUGUGAACUUCGAUCAGCCUGUCCCUAUGCUAGAGUUUGCGGCCGAUAACCCAUACCAUUUGGUCCCACAGCCGAUCCAUGACAGCACCCAAGCCCAUGAGGACAAGCUAAUCCCGAAAGAAAGCAAUGACGCAAAUCACACGAAAUCGGAAGCUCUGUGCCGGAAGACUGGACUUCGGAAGUCGAGUUGCUUCCAAGCCCGGACAAGGAAUGGCCAAGCCAAGUAUGCAGCGACAAGGAGUCAAAAUCUAUGCCUACCAUGUCCCUUGAGUGAACUGACCACGGGUAUGCUGCACAUCCCGGUUAGAGAUAUGUACGCCUGGGUGCACCGCCCGGUCAAGACCCGCCGCCGGGAGGCACUGCAACGGCAUAAAAGAAUCCCGCGCCCACUUAAUUCAUUCAUACUGUACCGGCUGGCGUACAGUGAUCGAGUUAGAUACUGGCUCGGCCGGAAUGAUCACCAGACCAUCUCCAGACUCAGCGGACAGAGCUGGAAGAUGGAAGCCCCUCACAUUCGGAAGGAAUACGAGACGCUCGCGGAGAUGGAGAAACGGAACCAUGCCACGGCGCAUCCGGGAUAUCGCUUUUCGCUGUCGAACAAGUGGGGAAAGCCGCGGACUGCAAAAGGCCAUUCUCAGGAGUUGGCGUUGCGUUCGAAGGCGUUCUCCAACUUCGGCCAGGACUCACGGCCUGCCGCUUGGGCCCCUUCGGUGGAUAAUAAUGGCGCUUGUGAACGCUCGACAGGAACUUUUCCUGAGGAAGAGGGAACCCUCGUCCAGAGGUGUUCCUUGAGUCCAGAUGGCUUUAUACCCCUGGGCAGUGCCGCCUCGGUAUGGGAGCAGUGGACGUCUUAUCUCCAGACGACCUCUGCCGAGCAUGAGUUCGAAGGCACCCAGCCUUCUUUGCCUGUCGCCAGUUGGCAAGCAGAGAUACCUGACUCUACUUGCUUUGUUCCUCAACCUGCAGCCUCUGGAAUCGAUGCUGCCAAUAGUCGGUCUGCUUCACUGCCCCUGUCUGUUCCGUAUGAGAUGUAUAGUGUUUGUGGGAAAUGGCCUACCGAAGGAAAGUAG